AUGACCGCGUCGCGGAUGGUUAGUGGCAGCGAGCUGAUUGCCAAGGCACUGAGCUUGGAAGGAGUCAAUACUGUAUUCACUCUCGCUGGGGAUCACAUCCUUCCAGUCCUGGACGUGAUGGCCGACCGAGACUUCAGAUUCAUAGAUACCAGACACGAGCAGGCUGCCGUCCAUAUGGCGGACGCCUGGGGACGGAUCACCGGCCGGCCGGGUGUUGCAAUGUACACGACGCCCGGAUUCGCCAACGCCAUACCAGGGCUGGCCAAUGCCAUGCACUCAGGCAGUCCUCUGCUCUCCAUCAGCGGGUGUGCCGAGUUGCUGGAGCUGGGCCGCGGCGCGAUGCAGGAGAUAGACCAGAUCGGAAUGGCGCUACCUGUGACCAAGGGCAGUUGGAUGGUCACCGAUGCUCGUCGGAUCGCCGACAUGAUCUCGACCGCCCUCCGGGUCGCCUACGAGGGUCGGCGCGGGCCAGUGCAUCUGACAAUCCCUGUGGACGUUCAACAGCAGCUCGUACCUGAAGAUGAGGUGGCAUUCUACAGUCCCGGUGAAUAUCGGGAUAUUGGGGCUCCCGCUGCGUCUGCGAACCGGAUCCGCGAUGCCGUUGACAUACUCCACGAAGCCGAGAGGCCGCUGAUAAUUGUCGGCAGCGCGGGUGCCUACGCACGGUCUGGAGACACCCUUGAGUCGCUGAUCGAGACUACCCCGUGUCCCGCUUAUGACUGA